AUGGCUGCUCCCCCUCCAAUUCGCGAAUUUAGCGCCGUCAUUCUCGGCGCCGGUGGAGUUGGCAAGAGUGCGCUCACUCUGCGCUUCAUGAAGGGUUAUUUCCAUGAAGCAUACGAUCCCACUAUUGAAGAAACCUAUCGCCGCAAUGUCGUCUUGGACGACGAAACCAGCAGAGUCAGUCGUUUUCUUUUGCCCUAUUUCCCUCCUUCCACCGCUUCUCCGCUCCCUUCUGUUCAGCCACCGCCUCGGAAGAUCACGUCGGGCGUCGUCCAAGGCAACUCGGACUCGCCGGAACAGCCGUUCCUCAUCGCACCGACCGUCAACAGCUCUUAG